UGUAGAUGAAAGUGACACAAGAAGUGAACAGCCUGGUCAACCGCCACAGAAUGUCAAAGAUGAUUUGGUGGAGAAUCCCAAAUGUGAAACUGCUCCUGACGGCAAAAAGGAAGAUGGAGAAGAUGAAGAAGGAGAGCCAGAACGGCCCACGCUUAUUUUUCUGGCUAAUAACACUUUCAACUUUGAGACAGCUUUUAAGCGUAUCGCUGAGCUUUUUGUAGAAGAAAGCGCAAACGAAGCCGAAAACCACCUCACCACCAGAUUCCGCAUUGAUAUGUCAUGCCGAAAUAUGGUUCGAGCUAUGGGCGCUUUGCUAAAGUAUAUGGAUUCUGCACGCAUUGGAGUCGAAUUUGAGACCGCUAACGUCCGCACGCCUGUGACCGCAAUCAAAACUAUAUCCAU